AGGCGCUGCAGGCCUUUCGUCUACAGCGGCUGCCAAGGAAACAGCAAUAGAUUCUCGACGCAGGAGGAGUGCGAGGCGGUGUGUGUGUAUCAUGACACGCUCCUGCCCAGAGGGAAUGACACCAAGGACGCUAAUAUAACCAUCCCCACGACGACCCACGACCCGAAUGCCAUCGUCGUGCCCCGCCCCGACGGUGCCAGCGACUGCCAGGCCGAGAAGAUCGAGUGCCAGCUACUCAGCUGCCCGUACGGCGUGCAAGCAGGCGGCGGACGCGCGCGGGUGCCACGUGUGCUCGUGCUUCGACCCCUGCGAGCGGACGCGGUGCCCCGAGCUGACCCAGUGCGCCGUUGACCUGACCUCCGGCGACCUGACCUCCGGCGACCUGACCUCCGGCGACCUGACCUCCGGCGACCUGACCUCCGGCGACCUGACCUCCGGCGACCUGACCUCCGGCGAUCUGACCUCCGGCGGCGCGCAGGAGGGCAGCCCGUGGGUCGGGGUGUGUCGGGAAGUGAACAAAUCCGGCCGAUGUCCUUCCCCCAGCGGCCGCCUCAUCCCCUCCGAGUGCCAGGACGAGUGCCAGAACGACUCCGGGUGCCAGAGCGACCUGAAGUGUUGCCAUAACGGCUGUGCCAUGUCGUGUGCCAAGCCAGUGCCAGAGGAAGGCGAGGUGCCUGUCACUCGGCCGCCGGUGACUACGCCUGUGCAAGUGACAGGCACUCCGGCCCGCAUCGUCGGCACUGACAGCGAGGUCCGCGCGCAGGAGAACGACGUCGCUGUCAUGCGCUGCCGUGUCAAGGGCGUGCCAACCCCCGCUGUCACGUGGCACAGGAAGGGAUAUCCGGUCGACACCGAAACGGACGCCAGCCGCUUCCGGAUCCUCGCGGGCGGAGCUCUGCAAAUCGUGAACACGGAGAGGGCGGACGCGGGCGUGUACGCGUGUCGGGCGGAGAAUGGGGUGGGCGUGGACGAGAGGGAGAGCCGGUUGGUGAUUACGGACCCCACCCCCCGCCCUUCGCAAAUCAUUCCCUGGGGCCGCGGCGGUGGGCGUGGCUUACCCGGCGACUCCUCCCCCUCGUCCUCGUCGUCGUCCAAUCCCGUGGUGUCCCUGGGAGGCUCCGCCCACCUGUACUGCCGCGCCGUGGGCUGGCCCCGCCCCUCGGUCACGUGGUGGCGCGGGAGCAACAUGCUGCCGCUCUCGUCGCCUCAGUACGAGCUGUACCGCCACGGCGUGCUGGUCGUGCGGCGCGUGACGCUGCCGGCGCUCGGGCCCUACACCUGCCAGGUCUACAACGGCCGCGGGAAGGCCAAGUCGCACACGGUCGUCCUCCACGCCCUGGGGCCCGUUUACCCUGGAGGAGGAGGAGGUGGAGGAGGGGGUUUAGGAGGUUUAGGAGGAGGAGGGGGUCUGGUCUCGGGGCCUUCGGGUAGCUCCUACGGGUACCCGGGCAACCUGCGGGAGUUUCUGAAGUACGUGGUGGAUCCUCCCGAGGCGCCGACGAAGGGGACGAAGGAGGAGGAGGAGGAGAGGAGGACGACGACGGCGGCCUUCCCCGCGAUCCUGCCCUCCAACCGUAUCUAUCGGCCGGUCUAUCUGAGUCCGCCGGGCAAGGAGGAGGCGACCACGACCACGACGACCACGACUGAACAACCUUAUAUUGAAUCCCUAAGAGCGACGAUCCGCAUCAACUCAACGGAAUUCACGCCCCAAUCGACCGUCCGGAUCCCCUGCGAGGUCAGCGGCUUCCCGAGGCCGAGGUUGACCUGGUUCAAGGACGGCGUCGAGGUGGAGGCUCGAGGACGAGUCUCCGUCGAAGCCGACCACUCCCUGGUGAUCGCCGCCGCGGAGGAGAGCGACUCGGGCCUCUACCGCUGCGUGGCCGAGAAUGCCUUCGGGAAAGCGGACAGUUCGACGCCUGUCACGGUUCGAGGCAUCUACGUGCAUCCAGCUUGCACGGACAACCCUUUCUUCGCCAAUUGCAAGCUGAUCGUGCAAGCCAGAUAUUGCACCAACAAAUACUAUGCUAGAUUCUGCUGUCGAUCGUGCACGCUGGCGGGUCAGUUGCCUUCCUUCGGGGCGCAUCUGCAGUUCGUGAAGAAGAAGAAGUAGGAGGAGAAGAGGAGAGGAGAAGAAGUAGGAGGAGGAGGAGAGGAGAAGAAGUAGGAGGAGAGAGGAGAGGAGAAGGAGAG